UACCAGUACAGCCUAAAAAUAUGCCAGGAUUAAUCCACAGAUCAAAAAGACGAGUAAUAGUGUUGUAUACUCUAUCUUUGUGCAUGCUUGUGUUCUCGUGUAUGCUAGUUUACUAUAGCAUAAUACGUGAAAUUAUAAAUUAUCCUGAAAUGCGGACGUGGAAGUUUUAUAAAAUUCAGUGGGACUAUCAACCUAAAAUGUUAAUAUUUAUAGCAAUUCUAUGCUAUUUGAUGACGUGUUGCGUCGUCUGUUUUAUGUUUGUAUAUCUGUCGGCUUUCCUUUCUGUUUGUUGGCCUCACUUAAAACGAUACUUUCCAGUUAAAAUAAAGAGGAGGACAAUAUGUUUCUGUAAAUGUGCUCGCAGACAAUUAGUUGAUAUUCUAAUGUCUAUUCACGAUUCUCAAUGCACCUGGCAACCUCAACGUUUUAACAUCUUAGACGAGACAACUAAAAAAUGUAUCGUAGUAAUUGCAAACGCUGCUAAAACGAAGCUUAAAUGUGAAGAAUUAGAUAUCUCUUUAGUAGGUAGUUCAGCAGAGGGACUAGGAAAGCCUUAUGUUCUUGAGUUAAAAAAUGGCUACCGAGAUCCAUUGUGUCGUUUUCUACUACGUUUUUUUUGCUGUUGUUUACCAUGUAACACGUCCUAUUCGAGUCUUCGUACUGAUAUCGACGUUUUAAUAAAGUACACCGAAGAAAGAAAACCAAACCUUAUAGAAGACAAGCCAUGUUUGUUUCUGCUUGAAGAGCAGAUGAAUAACCCUGGUAUUAUAAGAAUUGUAUUGGAUUCCGAUGCACAAAAUCCAUUGACAUGUUUUCUUAAAAACGAUUGUGAUGGAACAUAUCUAUCGCCUGCAUUAAUAAGAACAGCUAUGCUCAAAUCAGUGAAUUCCAUUAAUGAACAUGAUUUGCCUGCAUCUCGGAUAGUUGGUCCAUUCAAACAUCCUCCUUUCAUAAAAUUAGAAACAAAGGGACCGGCCAUUAAAUUGGCCUUGUUUCCAAUAGGUCAAGUAUGGUACUGGAAUGAAAAUCAAAAAUUUGUAACAUUUGAAGGAGAUUUUGUAUUCGGUAUCCACUGUCAACAAAAAUGGCCUAAAUGUGCUCAAAAGUGGUUAACGCGUCUAAGACAUUGGCCUCUACCGUCGGAUAUUCAGCAUGUUGUUAAAGGUGGAUUUGUUCUUGUUCCAAAAUCUUCAAAGUCUUCACAGGAUGACGAUGACGACUGGGAAUGGACGGUAUCUUUUCCUGAAUCCGAAACACACCUUUGUCCAUGCAUCCCAAAGACGGCUAAAGCGUGCUACCUUGCCCUGAAAAUUAUAUUCAAGGAUCAUCUUUCAUACUAUAGUGAAGGUUUAAAAACAUAUCAGCUAAAAACAUUGCUUUUUUGGGAGUUAGAGAAGCAUCCUGCAGAACUUUGGGAAACACAAAAUAUUGAACAAUGUUUUAUGUGCUUAUUAGAGAGAUUGAAGAAAGUUAUUGAAGAAAAGCAUUGUCCUAGCUACUGGAUAGAAAACCUCAAUUUAUUCAAAAAUUGUGAUGAAAAAGAAUUUAUUGAGCUUUUAUAUAUCUUACAAGAAAUUAGAUCUAACCCAGCUCCAUAUAUAGAAGAUAUAGGAAGCUUCUGGUGUUGA